AUGGGCGUCAUCCGGCUCCUGGCGCUCGCCGCGUUCGUCGCGUACUCGCGCGGGGACUUGUGGGACGUCACAGGCCACGACAGCGCGCGAGAAACCGCCGCGGACGAGCACUACCGCGGCGACUUGCGCAUCGCCUUCGGCUCGUGCAACCGCCACGACCGCGCGCAGGACCUGUGGCCCGCGGUCCGUUCCCUCUCCGCGGACGCUUGGGUGUGGCUCGGCGACGCCAUCUACGCCGACGGCAAGGUCGAUAACGUCCGGCGCUACGGAGGCCGCGCCUUUCACCGCGACGCCUACGCGACGCAGAACGAGCACCCCGAGUACGCCGCCCUACGAGCCGAGACGCGCAUCCUCGGAACGUGGGACGACCACGACUACGGCUUCAACAACGCGGGAGCGGAGUGGAGGGAGAAGGAAUUCGCGCAGCGCUUAUUCCUGGAUUUCCUCGGCGAACCACUUGGGUCCCCGCGCCGAACACGCGCGGGGGUGUACGAGGCGUACACGUUCAGGGGCUUGGGCGCGUCCCAAACGGGCAGCGCCCGGCUCAUCUUACUCGACGCGAGGUUUCACGCGAGCGCAAAAGACGGGACGUUGCUCGGCGACGAGCAGUGGGAGUGGUUCGAGCGGCUGAUGCUCGGGAGGAGGACGGGUGCCGAGGGUGCCGAGGGGGGUGCCGAGGGUGCCGAGGACUACUACGACGGCGACGACGAGGGACGUCCGAGCUCGGAACCGCGGGGCGGCUGCGUGGUGUUUGACGGCGCGGAGAUGAACGAAAACACCGACUGCGACCCGGUGGACGUGACGAUCGUGGGAAGCUCCGUGCAGGUCCACGCGCACACCCAGGAGCUGCUCGCGAAGAUGGGGAUCGGCAUGGACAUCGAGUCGUGGAACGACUACCCGGCGGAGCGUCGCCGGCUGUUCGACCUCGUCGCCGCGGCUAACGUUCGGACGCGAGCCGUCGUCCUCUCCGGAGACGUCCAUCACUCGGAGAUUGGCGGGUCACCCGCGGGGUGCGACCUGCCGUCCGAGCUCGUCGAGAUUACCAGCAGCGGCAUGACGCACGGGGUGCUGGAGGAGCUCCCGACGAAGUUCCUGAGACGGCUGGCGAGGCACUCGACGUGGGGGAUGGAGUACCUGCCGCCGUGGCUCUUCCCCGACGUGGGUAACCUUCGCCGGCGUCGAUACGUCGGGUACAACUUCGGCGAGGUGGUCGUCGACUUCGGCGUCGACUGGGACGGGGAUGCCGAGGGGGGUGCCGAGGGGGGUGUCGAUGACGACGCGUUCGACGCCGCCGUCGACGCGUCCCCUCCCGCCAACCGAUCGCCCGCGUCUGAGCGCGACUUUCUUCGCGACGACGUGUCCUCCUCCUCCUCCUCCUCCUCCUCGUCGUCGAGGGUCGGACGCGCGCCGCGCGCCGCCGCUCGGGAGCCGACCGUCUCGCUUCGCAUCCGCGGCGUCGACGGGGGCGUCAAGCUGUCGAAGACGGUGCCGUUCUCCGCGCUCGAGGGCGAGUGGGCCGAGUACGGCGCUCGGGGCGCGUCGGUGAGCCGAUCGCGUGCGGAGUGUCGGGGCGAGUCUUCGUUGACGGCGGCGCAGACGUGGAGGUUGCCGGUGAUGCUGGUCGGGGUGGCGCUGGCGGGACCCGCGGGGACGUCGCUCGCGUUGUGGUGGCUGUGGAGGGAGGUUGGCCGCGUUCGGCGGAAGCGAAAGGCGGAUUGA